CCGCCAGCUGGGUCCACCUCAUAAACUUCCGCGUCUUCGUGAAACUCGUAUUAAUACUUCGUUCAACUUCAACAUGGCACAUUUCAUCUAGACAUAUCCAGCGAAGAACAGUUAAAAUGAUGGGUUGGUGGUCGUCGAAGUGCGCGUGCCUGAAGCGUCGUCGUCGGCCGGUUAUCAACGAUGAGUACUCGGAGAGCGACUCAAAAUCUGUAUCCGACAUAGAGCUGAAGCCGUCUAACGAGCCGCUGAAAAAGAUAGUGCUGCCCAGGCGCAGAAAUUGCUGCAAGAUCAAGAAGCAUAUACCGAGGAAGAUCCUGAAGUGGUUCGGUCAAGACGACGACAUGAGCAUGACGAAAAUUGAAAAGACAAUUAAGGCAUCUCUUCUGAUCCAAAAAUGGUACAGGAGAUACAUGGCGCGUUUGGAAGUCAGACGUAGAUACACUUGGACCAUAUUUCAAACUCUAGAAUACGCUGGAGAACAAGAUCAAGUUAAGCUUUAUAAUUUCUUCAAUGCUUUGUUGACUCACAUACCACAAUCCGAUCGGGAAUGUGACUCUACAGAGACUUCAAGAAGUUCUUCCUAUGAAAAUCUAAAUUUAGAGUUUGAUGAUGAAUCUCCCGAAGAGGAUUAUUUUGAUCCGGAGGAGAAGAAGAAGUUAUCACAUUUUUCCAUAGAGUACCCAUAUACUGAAAAAGCUCUUAUACAGCUGAUAGAAAUAUUCCGAAAACAUCGACAUUUCAAAUUACACCCCAGAAAUGUAGCCGAAAUUUUGAGAAGGUCAAUUAUUGCUCUGAAAAAGUUGCCAAAUAUUAAUAUAGCGUCAACGGGAAUAUCCAAACAAAUGACGGUGUGUGGUGAUCUACACGGAAAGUUCGACGAUUUACUGGUUAUCUUGCACAAGAAUGGUCUUCCUUCAGUAGAAAACCCCUACAUCUUCAACGGGGACUUCAUAGAUAGAGGCAAAAGGGGUCUGGAAGUAUUUCUGAUCCUGCUUCUCUGCUUAUUGGCAAUCCCUGGGGCAGUUUAUCUCAACCGGGGUAACCAUGAAGACAUUAUUAUGAACCAAAGAUACGGCUUUAUUAGAGAAGUUCAGUCCAAAUAUAGGAAAAACUCAGAGAAACUUCUAAAACUCAUCGAAGGAGUUUACAGGUACCUGCCUUUGGGGACGAUAGUCAACAAUAAAGUUCUUAUAGUACAUGGAGGUAUAUCAGACAGCACUGACUUGGAAAUGAUUCGAAGUUUAGAUAGGGGCAAGUACGCCUCAUUAUUACGCCCACCUCUUAGUGAUAGUUCGGCCCCGGGGGCGGAAGUCAUUAACAAAGUGGAAUGGAAACAGGUGUUUGAUAUCUUGUGGUCGGACCCUCAAGAGACAAAAGGUUGCGUACCUAACACCUUAAGAGGAGCCGGAACAUAUUUUGGACCAGAUGUUACAAAAAAAUUCUUGGAAGAGAACCGCCUACUGUAUAUCAUAAGAUCUCACGAGUGUAAACCAGAAGGAUACGAAGUCUGCCACAACAACACAGUGAUCACGAUAUUCUCCGCAUCGAAUUACUACGAGGUGGGCUCGAACAAUGGGGCCUACCUAAAACUGGUCGGACCUGAACUAGAUACUCAUUACGUCCAAUACAUGGCCAAUUCCGGUAAGAGGAAGCUCAAUUUUUACCAAAGAAUGGGACUGGUGGAGUCAGGGGCAGCUAAGGAACUGAAGAUGCAAAUCAUGAAUAACAAAAGGAAGAUUGAAGAGACAUUUUCAGCUGCAGAUCCAGAAAAUACAGGUUACAUAUCAGUUACGGAGUGGUGCGUAGCGCUAGAGAAGGCUACUGGUUUGCAGAUUCCAUGGCGUAUGCUGAAAGACAAAUUGGUUUCUAUAGACCCUGAAACUAAUAAAGUAAAAUAUCAGACAACAUUCGAAAUUAAAAGUGAUAAGCUCAAUUCUGUUCAGGGUGCAACUACGGUGGUGGAAACUCUUUACAGAAACAAAUCAAGUCUGGAAGCCAUAUUCAGAAUUAUAGAUAAAGAUAAUUCAGGAUAUAUCAGCCUGGAUGAAUUCUCUGAAGCUUGUAAUCUGAUAAAAAAACACAUGCCCUGUGAAAUGACUCAUGAGCAGUUGGAGGAAAUUUGCCGAUUGAUGGAUUUAAACAAGGACGGGCAGGUAGAUCUGAAUGAAUUCCUUGAAUCCUUCAGAAUGGUCGACCCUGAAAGUCGAAAGAAAAACCAACCUGGUUCCCCAGAACCAUACGAUGGCAAUAUUUCCACAAACACUUUGCAAGUAAAUGUUCCUUCCACUCCAGACGACACGUCCAAUUCUAGUCCUCCAAUUUCCCCAGCUAUGAUCAAACCUCUUAACCUUAUGCCGAGAAUUACGGAAGAAAAAAAUGAUCAUAACAACAUGAAUAAUGUAAGUCCCAUAAAGAACCAAGAAAAUAGUGUGAGUGUAUUAGUACACACUCCUCCUGAAGAGGGUCAACCAGCCAAUUCCAUGCAUACGAACAGUCUGCAGAUGUCGCCUGUGUUGAGCAGCAGAAGAGGAUCACAGAUUUAAGAAUUUCGUCUAAUAUGAAAAAAGGGAUCAAUUUUUGUUGAAAUUAUUGAGGCUGUUUUUAAUUUUAUAUAUGUUAGAUUGUCAGAGAAAAACUAUAUGAAUUUAUUUGUAUAUAUGUCAUGUGUAACAGAUGUAUAUGGAAUUAUUACUUAAGUUUGGCGAAAAUAAAAUGAUUUUUU